AUGGCGGUCACGGCGAAGGCGCCUUCGCUGCUCUUCGACCUUGAGAUCGAGGGCUUCGAGGGUUUCUUGCGAGAGGAGCGCGACGCUGCUGCUGCUCUCGAGCGACUCAUCCCCCUGCUGCGCGCGCUGCGCCCCGGCAGCAAUGGCGGCGACGGCGCCGCCACGGUGGAGCUGCAAUCCUACUAUGACCGCCUUGCCCGCGAUGCCGCCGCAGCUCUGAACGUCGCCACCACUGGCAGCAGCGCCGCCCCCGCCAACGCCGCUGCGGCCCCCGCCACGGCCCCUGCGAUCGACGGCGCCGCGCUGCCGGGGCAGGCAGCAGCCGUCCCGGCUGAUGGGGCUGCGCUAGACCUGCCCCUGUUCCUAGAAGUGUUGUCGUGCUGCGGCCACGACGGCUGGCUGCGCACCGGCAAGGGCCCCGACGCGGCCGGCGACUCAGCAUCCGGCGACAGUCCGCGCAGCGACGCCGCCAGCCCGCGCUCCGCCGGCGCCGCCACCCCGCGCUCCGCCGGCGCCGCCAGCCCGCGCGUCCCCAGCGGCGUCGGCGCCAGCCCCCGCAACGCGUCCUGGGUCAACUCCGCCGCCGCCGCCGCCUUCGCCGCCGGUGGCGCCGCCGCGGCGACGCCGGACGGCGUCCUCCGCCGCACCUCCGGCGCCGCCGGCAGCGGCAGCGGCGGCGCGGCGGCCCUGUGCCCGCCGCAGCACACGUUCGUUGUCGUGCGCGCGCCGGGGCAAGCCGGUUCCGACGGCGACGGCGCCGCCUCCGUGGCCGCUGACGUCGCCGAGUACCAGCAGAGCCCCAUGUUCGUCGUCGACCCGAGCUUCCGCGAGCGCUUCUCCAUCGCAUCUAUCGCGGCGGCGUCGCCGGUUUACAGAGCGCUGGUCGCGGCGCUGCCUGCCGUCGUGAUAGGCACGGCGGAGGGGCUGGAGCCCCUGGUGUCAUUUAUGUGCGAGCAGAUGGACACCUCGUUCCGCGCGAGCGGCACGCCGCUGCCGCCGUGGCGCGAGCAGUCGUACAUGCUCAGCAACUGGUUCCCAGAAGCUGCCGAGGACACGCCCUUCUCCUUCUCAUUCAGGACGCCCCAGAUGGCACCCGUCGCGUGA